AUGCGCAGUCUCCUUCAGCAGCUGCUGGCCGUCGGCCCAGAGCUGGCUGCCUUCAUCCUCACAUCGCCACUCCUCAAUGCGCGAGGCGCACAUGCGAUAACACAGGUUCCAUCACCGAACCUCGAUCUUUCAUCGUUGGGACGCGUGGCGCUCGCGGGAGACUUCGACAGCAUCUCGCUAUACAACUACGAAGGCCAGAGUGAGGCGUCUUUCAACACCAAUGGCAGUCAAUCGCUGCUCACACAAUAUCCCGAUGGCUCCUUUCAGUCGUUGGCCACGGCGGACGCCAGUAUCAUGACCAUGUGUCCCUUCGUGCAAAAAGACGGAUCGUUAGCGGGUGUGGUCAUAGGAGGCAACUUCACGAGUCUAGGAGGCGUAGAGGCACAGAGUAUAGCGUUAUGGAACCCGAAUACUACGCAGGUCACUGCAUUGCCUGGUCUUAGUGGGAAGGUAUCGACGGUGUAUUGCGAUGCGAGCUCCGGGACCGUGUACGUGGGUGGAUCUUUCAUGGCAGGGAACAGCACGAAUGCAAUGGCAUGGACGACUGGGUGGACCAAUCUACCGUUUGCUGGGUUUAAUGGACCAGUGACUUCAAUUACGAAGAAUGCGGCGGGUAAUAUCGUGUUCGGUGGUGAUUUCGAUGGCUUGGGGAAUACAACUACACCACAAAACCCUGAUGGUCAGGUCAUCAAUAUUGGUUCUGGGAAUAUUACUGCGCAGGGCUCUGCAACCAACAGCGAUCCGCAUAGUAUCAUCUGCAAUACCAACAGCGGCACGGACUGGCUACUUCAGGACAAUACUGCUGGGUACUGGCAAGGCAACUUCUCGUAUGGCUUCAACCCGACGAAGCUACGGCUGUACAACGCGCAAUCUGGAGGUCGUGGUACGAAGACUUUCUACUACGAGGACCUCAACAGUGGAGGUAUCUUGAACCUCAACUAUUUGGACGCCAACGGAGAGAAUCAGUCAUGCUCGUCUUCCUGCCCACUCGCAAACAAUGCCAGCGCGCAAGACUUCCACUUCGUACCACCCGUCGGCAUGAAUGCCUUUCGCAUAAAUAUUGUGCAAUGGUAUGGAUCAGGUGGAGGAUUGAGCGGAAUCGAACUAUUCCAGGAUGACAUCUACUCAUUCGCUGUAAACGACUAUAAUGAACCAAAGUGCGACGAUGUCAGCGCCGGCUCGGCUUCUACUGCCACGCCGUCCAACUUGUGGCAACGAGUGAACAACAACGGCAAUUCGAGCUCCGACUACUUGUCGGCCUCCUUGCAGAGCCCGGAUCAGGUCAGCCCGAGCACUGCUGUCGUCUUCACGCCCAACAUCCAGCAGUCUGGCAACUACUCGAUCACGGUCUACACACCCGGCUGCUUGCAGGACAGUUCCUGUUCGACUCGAGGUCUGGUCAACGUCACUGGUACCAUGACAUCGAACACCCCACCGGUGACCACUACGCUCUACCAGUCCAACAACUAUGACAAGUACGACCAGGUCUAUUACGGGUAUGUCGACGUGGACACCGACAACUUCAAGCCCAGUGUCACACUCGUCCCACAAGCUGGCCAGAGCGUGCCCUUGACUGUCGUUGCCCAGCGCGUGCGCUUUGAGCUCAUCACCACGACCGGCGGCCUGAACGGACUGUUCGAGUACAAUCCCAAUCAAGCUGUCGUCAGCACAGACUUCUCGACCUCCAAGAUCAACGCAGCUGGCGCGAGUCUAUCGUCUGGCGCUAUGGUCAAGGCUGUACAGACUAUUGGUAGCGUGCUGUAUGUCGCCGGCAACUUCAGCGGCAACGGCAUCUCUAAUGUCAUGAGUGUUGGCAACAACGCCACUGCACUUGCUCAUGGUGGUCUCAAUGCUGCUGUGCAAGCUCUGUACCGCAACGGCACGAUGCUUUACAUGGGUGGCAACUUCACGAAUACAGCCGAUAACUCGGUGACGGGACUCAGCAAUGUUGCUUCAUAUGACACAUCAAGCAACUCAUGGAUUGCCUUGGGAGGUGGCGUAAAUGGUCCGGUAACCUCCUUGGUACCACUAGCCAUCAACAUCACUAGGGGCAAUCUGGUCGAGUGUUUGACAGUCAGUGGUAGCUUCACGUCCGUCAACCAGGUCGACCGGAACGCCUCUUUCUCUACCCAAGGCUUCGCCGUCUGGGUGCCUAGUCAAAAUAAUUGGCUUCACAACAUCCCCACCUCGACCGUGGCCAUCAGUGGGCAGCUGACGACCAUGACAAACGUGACUGGCUCCUCGCCACUGUACGCUGGACAGAUAUCGGCGUCAGGGCUCUACAGUGGUGCGGUUGAGCUUGUGGGCUCUGGUCGCUCGUCGCUUGAGACCCUUGGCCUCACGCUGCUGCCGAGUAGUGCGACCAAUGGCUCGUCUUCUGCGUCGCGCAGGCGUGCUAUACAUGCCGAGGAGAGUUAUAACGGGGUGUACAAUGGCCUCUACUACGCCAAGAGUGGCCUGAACAUCACGAUCGUUGGCGGCCACUUCCGAGCGAAGGCCAGCAACGGCUCCACAGUCGAGAAUUUGCUCUUCAUUAACAACACUGCUGGGCAGGAGUACACUGGAGUCACCGGCCUCGAUAGUGACUCGGUCUUCGCAACCUUCGAUACCUACGAUACGACCCUUUUUGCUGGCGGCGAAGUCGCUGGCACCAUUGAUGGUCGUGGUAUCAAGGGUCUGAUCGCUUACAAUCUAUCGACUGCCGAGUAUGCUAGCACUCAACCUGCUGCCCUCACCGGUGACACAGUCAUUGUCAACGCCAUUGCCACCCAGCCUAACGCAGCCACCGUCUAUGUCGGCGGCAACUUUGACGCAGCUGGCUCAUUACCGUGUGCCACGCUUUGCUAUUACGAUGCUAGCACAUCACAAUGGAACUCGCCCGGCACCGGUCUUGGUGGAGUAGUUGCCAGCAUGGUCUGGUCAAGCACCACUACUCUCGUCAUUGCCGGCAACCUUACCAUCAAUGGCGCUGCUGCCGCUUUGGUCACGUACGAUAGCAAGAAGCAGACUUUCUCACAAUACAGUAGCGCCACCACACCAGGUACCAUCGAGGUCCUCGCCCCUGCAAAUAGUAAAUAUAACGAGUUCUGGGCAGCGGGCACUGCAUCCAAUGGGUCGAACUAUCUCGCCAAACUCAGCAACAAUGUCUGGACUGGUGUCAGCCUGGCUGCAGGUACCACAAUUCGUGGUCUACAGGUCAUGGCAUUGACUUCUGAUCACGGGAACACAAAUCUGGUGGCCAGCAACCAGGCGCUAAUGAUGACGGGCAAUAUCGUCGUUCCCAAUUACGGCAACUCCAGCGCCGCGCUCUUCAAUGGCACCACUUUCACUCCUUUCAUCCUCACAGGGCGACAAGAUGGCAGUCAAGGUACUCUCGGCCAACUCUUCGUUAGCAACCCACAAAACCUAAUGUCAAACACCAAGAAAUACCUGGCCCUCGGCCUCGUCGUUCUCAUCGGCCUAGCAAUAUCGCUCGGACUACUGAUGCUGAUCGUCAUCGCCGGUAUCCUCAUGGAAAGACACAGGCGACGACGAGAAGGCUAUGUGCCGAUGCCGAUGGACAAGGCGAGCAAUCUGGCUCGUAUACCUCCGGAAUCGUUACUUGGAGGUCUGGGCGAGAAGAGCGCUCCGCCGAAGCUGUGA